AUGGACGAUCUUAACAGUAGCCAAAAAAUACACGUGGACAAAACAGAAUAUCCAUGCAACGUGUCUAACAAUUCGUUCAACAGUGAAAGCAAACUAUCAAUACACCCUCUGAAGCACACAGGGAAGAAAACGUACCAGUGCGAGAUAUGUGACAAGUCGUUCAGCGUAAGGAGCAAAUUGAUAGUACACUUGAGGACACACACUGGAGGGAAACCGUACCCGUGUGACAUAUGUGACAAGUCAUUCAAUCAAAAAAGCCACAUGACUAUACACCGACGGACGCACACAGGGGAGAAACCGUACCCGUGCGACAUAUGUGACAAGUCGUUCAGUGUAAGGAACAAUUUGAUUGUGCACUUGAGGACGCACACUGGAGAGAAACCGUACCCGUGCGACAUAUGUGACAAGUCAUUCAAUAGAAAAGGCAACUUGACUAUACACCGACGGACGCACACAGGGGAGAAACCGUACCCGUGCGACAUAUGUGACAAGUCGUUCWGCGUAAGUAGCAAUUUGAUAGUACACUCGAGGACGCACACAGGGGAGAAAUCGUUGUCGUGUAACAUAUUUGACAAGUCGUUUAAUCAAAAUUGCCAUCUGGCGACUCACCAGCGGACUCACACAGGAGAUACCUAA